AUGGCCCUGCCAGCUGCUGCCGAUGCCGAUGCCGAUGAAUAUGAUUAUGAGUCACUACCGCCCAACUUCUCACUGCUGCAAAACAUGGCAGCCGGCGCUUUCGCAGGCAUAGCCGAACACACUGUCAUGUAUCCUAUUGAUGCAGUUAAGACUCGCAUGCAAGUCCUCAACCCGAACACGACUGUUGCAUACAGCGGCGUGCUUCGCAGCACAUACCAGAUGGCGUCUGGUGAAGGCUUCUUUAGCCUUUGGCGAGGAAUGUCUAGCGUCAUUGUUGGAGCUGGCCCUGCACAUGCGGUGUACUUUGCUACGUACGAGGCCGUGAAACAUGCUAUGGGAGGAAACCAAGCAGGCGUUCAUCACCCACUUGCAGCCGCUACUAGCGGUGCGGCAGCCACGAUUGCCAGUGACGCUUUUAUGAAUCCUUUCGAUGUCAUCAAACAGCGAAUGCAGAUUCAAGAUUCUAGCAAGAUGUAUCGUUCCAUGGUGGACUGUGCCAAGUACAUUUACCGAAACGAGGGCCUCGGUGCCUUUUAUCUAUCAUACCCCACGACACUCUCCAUGACCGUUCCUUUCACGGCCUUGCAAUUUCUCGCAUACGAAUCGCUAUCGACAACCCUGAACCCUACGAAGAAGUAUGAUCCUGUCACCCACUGCUUAGCUGGUGCUGUUGCGGGUGGUUUCGCCGCUGGUCUUACCACUCCUAUGGACGUCAUCAAGACGAUUUUGCAGACCAAGGGCACAUCAAGCGAUCCCGCUGUGCAAAACAUCAACAGUUUUGUCGGUGGCUGCCGCUUGUUGUACCAACGCGAAGGCUUACGCGGCUUUUUCAAGGGUGUCCGACCUCGCAUCGUGACAACUAUGCCCAGCACCGCCAUUUGCUGGUCGGCUUAUGAAUUCUCCAAAGCUUAUUUCAUCCGACGCAACGAUAGACAGUAG